CCUCCAACGUCUUCUCCAUGUUUGAACAAACUCAGAUCCAGGAGUUCAAGGAGGCCUUUACACUUAUCGACCAAAACCGUGACGGGUUUAUCGAUAAAGAAGACCUGAAAGACACGUAUGCGUCACUGGGAAAGCUGAAUGUGAAGGACGGUGAGCUGGAAGACAUGCUGAAGGAGGCCACCGGCCCCAUCAACUUCACCAUGUUCCUCAGCCUGUUUGGAGAGAAGCUUCAUGGCACAGAUCCUGAAGAUACCGUCAUAAACGCCUUCAAAAUGUUUGAUUCUGACGCCAGGGGCUACAUACACAAAGACGAAUUGCAGAACUUACUGAUGACGCAAGCAGACAAGUUCACAUCUGAGGAGGUUCAGCAGAUGUUCCAGUCAUCGGAUAUUGACGCCGGUGGCAACUUGGAUUACAAAUCCCUUUGUUACAUUAUCACACAUGGGGAGCAGCAAGAAGAGUAGAAUGACACAAGGGGCUACACAAAUAAAACUGAC